AUGGCAGGUUUAGACGUUGCGUGGAUUCCGUUUACGGUGAUGUACUUGCUGUACCUCAUCCCACCGACCCUGAUGGAGGUGUACUCGUACUACAGCCGCGGUGGUCUCGUCCGCUAUGAGGAUAUCAAGUACGAUGACAGCUUUUGUCCACAGUACCAGUGGAACCGCGAUACGGAGGUGUACUACAAACGCUUCCUCGACCGUCCCACCAGCGAGGCCAGCAACGCGUUCUUUUCAUGGCUGGACUGGAGUUCGGAGUCCUACGACCGAACGAUUUACAUCCUCCGUCGCAACUUAGCGAAGCAGGACGGCGAGGUGAGUGUGUGGUGGCGGUACAUUUACGGCCCCUUCAUCUUCAACUGGCCCAAGAAGACUUGGCUGCGCGGCGACGAUGCCGCGUGCCGGAAGAUGCCGGUGUGGGGCGUAGGCGGCGAGGGGCGUGCUCGCACGGAAUACGAAGAGGCCAAGGCGAAAGGCUUCAACAAGAACUAUCAUUACCAGAUUAUGCGCAAGAUCCGCCGUGAGCAGGCGCUGAAGGCGGCACAAGAGAAGGCGGCCAUCAAGUGA